CUUUCAGGAUAAAACGUAUCGGGUAUCAUAGCAAAGUUAACAAAAAAUGAUUAUUAUACUUGCCACGUGGAUAUUGAUAUCUGGAGUCAGUGCUCAAGCCACUGGAAAAGAGCUUAUCGAAACACUGAAAUUCAAGCCAGAAUCAAUUUCCAAAGCGUCGAUUAUAAGAGAGCACGAGCAACUCAACGAUCAGUUCCACAUUCCGGACAACCGAGAAGGGCUCACUCAGCUGGCGUAUAUUACACCGUGGAACCGGCAUGGCUACGAGUUGGCGGAGAAAACAGCUCACAAGCUGACUCACGUCUCUCCGGUUUGGUUUCAAGCCAAGGCAUUCAGUGAAAACGGGAAAUUGGAUGGCUGCAAGAUUGAAGGAACACAUGAAAUUAACCGAGAUUGGAUUGAAAAGCUCCGUGAAAAAAACGAAAACAUCGCGAUUGUGCCUCGAAUUCUGUUUGAUGGUUGGAGUGCUCAGGAGAUGAAGAACUUGUUGAUGGAUGCAAAAGUUGCAAGACAUUGUUUCGAGGAUAUCGCCAAUUUUUACAGCAGAAACCAGUUUGAAGGCGCUGUCGUGGAGCUCUACAUGCAAGCAUUGAUCUCUGUGCAGUCUCUAGAAGUAAAGGAGUUUAUCAUCGAAAGUAUACAAGACUUGUCGAGGCAAAUGAAAAAGUUGCAUAUGCAAGUGAUUCUAACAGUUCCUGCGCCCCUGGAAUGGAAUAACCAACCCAACAAUCUCGUGACUCCGGAUGACUUUAAGAAGAUCACAGCUGUUUCCGAUUUUGUUCAGAUAAUGACCUACGAUUACCGGGGAAACAAACCAGCUGGUGUGGCUCCAUACGACUGGUUUGAGAGCUGUAUCUUCUACUUGGGAGGUGGCCACAAAACACUGGCGGGACUCAAUUUCUACGGCUAUGAGUUCUCCAAAGGCAAUGUGGAAGCAAUCACUGCGGAUAGAUACUUGACACUAUUGAAAUCUGAAAAAUCCAAGUUGGAGUUUGACGAAAAGUCAAUGGAGCACAGAGUAAAGACCUCUAAUUCCAUCGCCUAUUUCCCAUCACUCACCUCGCUGGAACUUCGCAUCAAUAUGGCUCACCGCUACGAUGUCGGAAUUGCCAUUUGGGAUUAUGGACAGGGACUCGACUAUUUCACUAAUUUAUUGAUUUAAUGUUUCAACUUUUCACAUUUUUCAGCCUAUUUCAUUUGAACAUUUUAAUCUAUGGAAUUUGAUAUGUAAAUAAGAAGACAAAUAUUAU